AGCUCUCACGUGACCUUUACCUCUACUAGUAAAUUCGCUUACUUAGUUAGUGGAGAACCUGUUCCUUUGAAUAAAUCUCGUACUGUGUCUGUUUGUGUGCAUUAACUCUUAGUAGUCGAACGUUCGGUGAAGGCCAGAGGGAGAGGGGAUGGAAGCUGUUGGAAUGUACGAUUUUCAAGCAACCAGUGAAGACGAACUAUCAUUUGGUAAAGGCCAGAUCGUGAAAAUAUUAAGUACUGAUGAAGACCCCAAUUGGUACAAAGCCGAGAAGGACGGCAGAGAAGGGCUGAUACCAAAGAAUUAUGUUCAGUUAAAUACUGUCGACUGGUAUCAAGGGAAAAUGUCAAGAGCUAAAGCAGAGGACUUGUUAAAAAAUCAAAAGUUUGACGGAGCGUUUCUAGUUCGUGAUAGUGAAAGUUCCCCUGGAGAUUUCUCUUUAUCUGUCAAGUUUCAAGAUUCAGUUCAACACUUUAAGGUUCUCAGAGACGGAGCUGGCAAGUACUUCCUGUGGCUUGUCAAGUUCAGUUCGCUAAACGAGAUGAUCAAGUAUCACAAGACGUCCUCUGUCAGUCGUGGACAGAAAAUCUUCCUAAGAGAACCAGAAACCGUAAUUGCAAAGUUUGAUUUCCAACCACAAGAGCAAGGAGAGCUUGGCCUGACAAAAGGCGAUGAGGUAGUAGUCCUUGAUAAAUCUGAUGCCAACUGGUGGAAAGGUCGGAACAAGAGAACCAACGAAGAAGGAUUAUUCCCUGUCCCCUAUGUUGCUGUAAAGGACUCUUGAGGAAACUUAUCUAGUCAACAAUAAUUAUCUUUAAUUUAUCAUUAUUAUUAUUAUUAUUAUUAUUAUUAUUAUUAUUAUAAGAAUGCUUUCAUAGUUUUCAACUGUUGUCCUACUUCUUGUUGUUGUUGUCAUUAAUAAUUUUAUUUUGUUUCUUGUUGUUUUUUUGUUUGUUUGUAAUAAUGUGGAUUCAUGACUUAUUUUUCUUUAUACAAAAUUAUUUUUUCUGCUUAGUUCCUUCCCUCGACAAAA